AUGCCCCAACACGACACGCCGCCCGGCCCAGUCCACCCGCUGGUCUCCAACUCCACCACGCGCCAGCUGCUCCUGUACCUGCACUACGCCUCGCCCAUUGUGCUGCUGGUCUUCUUCCUCACCACCUUUACCAUCCGCUCCGUCGCCGCCUCGUCCUCGUCCGCGGCCAAUUCCAAUGACCUCGACCAAGCCUACCAUGCGCCCACCGGCCCUGGGGGAAAGCCUCUGCCCAAGCGCACCCCUCCGCGGACGCCGCCGAAGAAGGACCCCCAGGCCGGCGACCUCCCGCGCGCCCGCAAGCUGCUGUUCGAGUGGCUUUCGGUGCUCGUCGCCCUCACAUUCGUCGCCAACGCCAUCAACAUCAUCGUGCAUGCCCUCUACGGCCGCAGCGAGCAAUGGUGGUGCGGCCAGUCCGUCGUGAUCUAUCUCGUCGGCUCCUUCUUCGUGUACAUUCUCUUCGUCAUCUCCAUCAUCGAUACGAAUCCCGCGCCAAACUAUGUGCAUCAGGCCACCUGGAUUGUGGCUCUGCUGUUUGAGCUUGCGCUGCUGGCCGCCUCGCUCUCCCUCUACACCCACAAACAUCGCGAGCCCCGUAGCGGACACGGAGGCCGUGGCAAACUUAGGUACAAUAUGACCGAGUGGGAGGUGACAGAAGUUUGCGUCGAUCUUCUGCGCAUCAUCUUGCUUGGCGCGUUGAUCGGCUUCUACUUCAUCUUCGUGGCCAAACGCAAUCGCAGCAAGCGGGCCGACGUCGACGGCCCGAGCGAAUCCACUGGACUUUUGGCUGCACACAACGCGGAGAACGGCAGCGCCAAUGGCACCACACACUACGGUUCCGCUCCCUCAGGGGGCAAGCACAAGCACACCGAAGGAGCACCCGCCGGCUGGAGCCGGCCUGACAACAUCCCUUCAAGGAGCUGGUGGGAGUACCUCAAGGGGUACUCUGUGUUCUUUCCGUACCUCUGGCCAUCCAAGGACCGCAAGCUGCAGAUCAUGGUCGUCAUCUGCUUUCUGAUCGUCGUGCUGCAGCGGAUUGUCAACGUGCUGGUGCCCUACAUGGUGGGAACCAUCACCAACGAGCUGUCCGGAGACCAAGCCCCGGUAAGAAUGCCAUGGAUGUACAUCUGUCUCUACAUUGUCUGCCGACUCCUGCAAGGGAGCAAUGGGCUUCUUGGCGCUGCACGGUCGACGCUGUGGAUCCCCGUCGGCCAGUAUUCCUAUCGUGAGCUUUCUGUCGCUGCCUUCGAACAUGUCCAUGGCCUGAGCUUGGACUUCCAUCUUGGGAAGAAAACCGGGGAGGUCCUUUCGGCUCUUGGCAAGGGGAGCUCCAUCAACACGUUCUUGGAGCAGGUGACUUUCCAGGUGGUCCCGAUGCUGGUCGAUCUGUGUGUCGCCAUAGCAUUCUUCCUCAUUGCAUUCGACGCCUACUAUGCUCUUGUUGUAGCCGUCGUUACUUUCUGGUAUGUCUACCUGACCAUCCGCAUGGCCCAAUGGCGUGCGGAGAUCAGGCGCCAGAUGGUGAAUGCAGACCGAGAAGAGGAUGCAGUCAAAAACGACUCGAUGGUGUCAUACGAAACGGUGAAAUACUUCAACGCGGAAGCGUACGAGUUCAACCGUUAUCGGGAGGCAGUCACCAAGUACCAGACGGCUGAGUACAGGGUACUGUUCUCUCUGAACCUGAUGAACAUUACGCAAAACCUAGUCUUCAUGCUUGGCCUCAUGAUUGCUUGCUUCAUUGCGGCAUACGAGGUGACGACGGGACAAAGCAGGGUAGGUCAUUUCGUCACACUUCUUACAUACAUGGCACAGCUGCAGCAGCCUCUGAACUUCUUCGGAACGUUCUACCGUAUGAUCCAGUCGGCCAUGAUCAACUCGGAGCGCAUGCUUGAACUGUUCAAGGAGCAACCUACUGUUGUGGACAGGCCCUACGUCAAGAACCUGCCCACUUGCGAGGGAGACAUUCGUUUCAAUGACGUCCGAUUCGCGUACGAUGAACGUAAGCCGGCGCUGCAAGGUCUCGACUUCCACUGCAAGCCAGGCACCACGACAGCAUUCGUGGGCGAAUCGGGCGGCGGCAAGUCGACGGUGUUCCGUCUCCUCUUCCGUUUCUACAACAUCCAGGGAGGCAACAUCCAGGUGGACGGUCACGACGUCGAAGAUAUCAGCAUCGAUUCUGUCCGGAGGCACAUUGGUGUGGUGCCACAGGACACGGUUUUGUUCAACGAGACACUCAUGUACAACCUCAAGUACGCCAACCUCAGUGCAACGGACGAAGACGUGUACAACGCAUGUCGCGCAGCGAGCAUCCACGACAAGAUCCUCACCUUCCCGGACGGGUACAACACCAAGGUCGGCGAGCGUGGGCUGCGGCUGUCUGGUGGAGAAAAGCAGCGCGUGGCCAUUGCGCGUACCAUCCUCAAGGACCCGCGCAUCAUCAUGCUUGACGAGGCGACGGCUGCACUGGACACGGAGACGGAGCAGCACAUCCAGGAAGCGCUGACCACACUGGGCCAAGGGCGAACAAUGCUGGUCAUUGCGCACCGUCUCAGCACCAUCACCAGAGCGGACCAGAUUCUGGUGCUGCACGAGGGCCGAGUGGCGGAGAAGGGCACGCACGAGGAGCUGCUGGCAAAGAAGGGCAAGUACGCCGGCAUGUGGAAGAAGCAGGUGCGCGCGCAGCGGGCGGCCGAAGAAGCACGGGUGCUGAAAGACAAGGCGGACCGUCUGAGGCGCGAGUCCAAGGACGGCAUAAUCGCCGAGGGAGAAGGUAGCGCCAGUCAGAGUGAAGACGAGCGCGAGAAAGCCAAGUCGAAAGAGAACGAAUCAGAGCGGCCGGCGGGCUCUGGGGACGACAAGUAG